AUGCAGCAACAAAACAACCCCUCCGACAAUACUUCUUUCUUGAAAACGUCCAACAUCUACGCGUCAUCGACAGUUUUCAGUGCAGUUGAGAUAGGCACCGAGUUCAAUGACAGCUCCAUAGUGGCUUCCGUCUAUGCUGACCUCCUCCCGUCCUACGUCGUCGUCUUAGGCGAUUCGGCAUCUAGCGGCAAAACGACUUGGACAUCCUCACCUUAUCUUGCGUCUUAUUACCUGUCUACCUACCUCGUCCGCCCUUCCACCGUCAUGUCAGCUCCCGAUACGUUUGGGGAGCUUGGACUCUCCAUUAUCGGCAUGGGCACUCAAUAUCCGCCUCACAAACUGGAGUCAGGUUGCCUGGAGAUCCUCAGGAAGAGAUACUAUCCGGAAUCAGCGCCCAUGUCGAAAGUCCUCUCUAUUAAUCGGUUCACGGGCAUCGAGACGCGAUCCUCCAUCGGCACCCCGGACCACCCGAUCGUGAACCAAGACAAAGCCCCCUCCAUAGCCGAGCUACACGCCCUCUUCCUCAGCGAGGGCGUACCGCUAGCCGUGCGCGCCGCCAGGAAGGCCAUCGAUGAGGCCCGCAUCGACCUCUCCGAGAUCACCCACAUCGUCUCGAACACAUGCACUGACAGUGCCAACCCGGGUUACGACCACUACGUCGCCAAGGAACUGGGCAUCACCCACCCGGUUGAGAAGUUCCUGCUGCACGGCAUUGGGUGCAGCGGCGGCCUAGCCGUGCUCCGGACAGCCGCCAACCUGGCGCUCGGCCACACCGCGAGGGGCAAGCCGGCCCGCGUGCUCUGUGUAACGCUCGAGAUCUGCAGCACCCUGGUGCGCAGCGAGCUAGACAGCAUCCACCAGAACCAGGAAACGAGGAUCGGCCUCGCCUUGUUCUCCGAUUGCGCCAGCGCCGCCGUGCUGAGCAACGGUAUCGGCAUCGGCGUCAGUACCAGCGGGCGGAACCCUCCCGCCGAGCCCAUAUACGAGCUGCUGGGCUGGCAACACAGGAUCAUACCGGACACGGACGAGGACCUCGGCUUCGACGUGGAUCCCCUGGGUUGGAAAGUGGUGCUCUCCCCACGGGUCCCGAAACUCGCCACAUCUGUCGUACCGCCGACCUUCGCGGACUUGCUGGCCUCCCUCCCGGCGUUGCCGCUUUCAUACCGCAACCCCGACGACUUUGACUGGGCGAUGCACCCCGGUGGAGCGACCAUCCUGACAAUGGCGGAAAAGGCGAUGCGUAUCGUGCCGGCACACAUGCGCGCAAGCUACGACACGUACAUCAACCACGGGAACUCGAGCUCGGCCACCAUCUUCAGCGUGAUGGACCGGUUGCGGCAUAAGGAUAUGGAUGCCUUGGCGCCCGAUGGCCGGGUCCGCGACUACGUGGUCGGGUGCGCGUUCGGCCCGGGCAUCACCGUGGAGAUGUGCAUGCUGAAGCGGAAUUUGGGGGCCAGAGAUAUCACCGCGGGACUUCAAACGCCACCCGAGACGGAGAGCGAGGGGAGCCGGAGCGAGUUGGAUGAGGAUGCGAAUUCGAUGGGAUACACCGCGGCAGGGUCCGGGAUGGAAGACAUCGCUUCCCGCCCCGCCGCUGGCACCGGUGCCGGCGGGACACGACACCUGGAACAGAGACGGGGACGGGCUCGCGAUGAUGCCUUCAUUGCCGAGGAGCUGGAGCAGUUAGAUCUCGACUAG